AUGGCUGAGAUUAUGGCCAAUCAACGCCAGGAGAGAAGAAAAAUGUGUCCUUCUGAGACCUUCUUUAGGCACAACUCACAAGUAUUUGCAGGGCAUGAAGGCCCAAGGGAAGCUGAUUAUUGGUUUGAAACAACACAGAAGUUGAUGGUAGCCCUUAAACGUACCGAUGCAGAGAUGGUAGAGUAUGGGGGUUUGAAACUCACACGUGAAGCAUCCAAGUGGUGGGAUCCCACAAAGGCUAACCUGAAAGGUCAAUUAGGGGAUGGGGUCCCAAUCACAUGGGCACACUUUAAAGAGAAAUUCUAUGAACAAUAUGUUCCUCGUGUCCAACAGCAGCUGUGGGUCAAGGAAUUCCUAACCCUCACCCAGGGCAACAUGACUGUUGUCCAAUAUUCCACAAAGUUCAUGGAAUUGUCGAGGUAUGCCCCUACUCUUAUCCCUAAUGAUUGGGCCAAAGCCGAAAAGUUCCUUGAUGGUUUAUCGGGACGCAUCAAGGAGAGGAUCUCUAUCAAUGAGAUCAAGGAAUACUCUAAGGCUGUGCACGCUGCCAUGAUUGCUGAGCAAGCUAUUAAGGAAGCAGCUGCAGAGUAUGUACAAAAGAAGAGGUCAAUGCCAGAAGCUGUGCAUUCACCUAAAAGGCAAAUUAUGGAUGGUAGUAGUUCAGAGGCACUUGUGAGGAGAAACAUUCCUCUAAGCUACGAAAACCCGAGAAAUCUGCCAUGUAGCAAGUGA